AUGGCCACUGGCUCUGAGAAACGCACUGAGACAACGGAGAACUGCUCGGCAAAGAACGAUGGUGGCGGAACUGAGGACGGCGAUGUCAGAAAAAGGACCAGGAAGAAAGGGAAACAUCUCAAAGCAUCGGAUCUGGUAGAGCAAAUGCUAGGGGGAGCGGUGACAGAGGAAUCUUCUUUCAAAGACAAACUUAUGAAUACAGAGAUGAGCCCUCUUUCCAAAGACUGCCGAGGUUGCAGCGUUUUUGAUGAUGCUUGGUCUGAGUACAUGUCAAGUUUACAAGGCUUCUUCUGUGAGACGGCGACUCAGCUUAGUCAAAAGAACAGGGAGAGCACGGCGAGCUUAGAUGACAAUGACGACUUUCCUACGCUAAAAGUCUCCAAGGAGGAGUACGAACUGUGGUGUGCUCCUUGGAGAAAGUCCUUGAUAGUCCACCUCCUUGGGAAAUCAGUUCCUCUAUGGGUAAUGAGACCAUCCUUGGAAAGACUUUGGAAAACUCCUAAACCUUUCACAGUGAGAGACAUCGACAAUGGCUACUUUGUGGCAUCCUUUGAAGACGAGGCGGACAUGAGAUCGAUCUAUCAAGAAGGACCAUGGAUGAUGGGUGAUAGAUACAUUGUGGUGCAACGAUGGCAUCCGAAUUUUGAUCCCUGGAAUGCUGAGACACAAAGGAAGAUUGCUGUGUGGAUUCGGAUCCCCUUACUACCGUUGGAAUUCUUCAACCUUGCAACUAUUCGAAGGAUCGGCUCUAUGAUUGGAAAAACUUUAAAGGUUGACCGUGCCACUCACGCAAGCGAGAGGGGCAAAUAUGCACGCAUAUGCGUCGAGAUUGAUCUUCUAAAACGGCUGAAGUCUGGAGUCACAAACUUUGGGAAUCGUCGAUGCAUUGAGUAUGAAGGCUUACACCUCAUUUGCUUCUGCUGUGGAAAAUAUGGGCACCAUCGAGAUGCAUGCCCCGACAAACCUGUUGGUCAACAAGCUGAGAGCAAGGAUGAAUCUAGAAAUAAAAGCACUGCGCACAAGGGUAAUGCCCCUCCAACACAGGUCGGCACCAGAAAGACUCCCUAUAUGGGGGAAAAAGGAAGUGAUACGAUAGAACCUUCUCUGGGAGGAAAUCAAAAGAGAGAACGUGACCAGGCCACUAGAAGAUUGAACGCCGGCGAAAGCUCAUCGGCAAACGUGGAGGUUUUUGGCUCCUGGAAUUUGGUUCAACGACGGCGACGCAAUUCUAGAAAUACCACAAAAUCGACCACCAAUGUGCAUGGAAGGGAGGAUAUUCCGCGAUCUAAUAAAGAGAAUACUUAUUUCAGAAGUUCCCAUGCAAGCCCCUCCAAGUCAACGCAUAAAGCAACGGUCACAGAAUCAAGAGCAUCCAAAAAUCUCGGAACAGAGGAGAAAUCUUCUCGUAAGUGGGUCCCUGUUAGCCAAGGAACAAAAACAGCAAGUGAAGAAAGUUCAAAAGUCAAUGGAGUGGAUGUUCAAGGUACGAACUUUGCUUCCUAG